GAAUAGUAGUGGGGGAGUGCGAACCGAGGGUAGUGAGGUAGGAGAGAGGAUGGUAAAUUAAAAACGCGAUCAUCGAUGAAUUAAGUGUGUGUGAGAUGGAGCAGCAGAACCAUUUCAAGCAGCUGUUGCUGCAGCUCAACCAGCAGCGAGCCAAAGGGUACCUGUGUGAUGUCAUCAUCGUGGUGGAGAAUGCGCUGUUCCGCGCCCAUAAGAACGUCCUGGCGGCCAGCAGCGUCUACUUCAAGUCGCUGGUCCCCCACGAUAACCUGAUCAACCUGGACACGGAGAUGGUCAGCCCCUCCGUCUUCAGACAGGUAUUGGACUUCAUCUAUACAGGUCGUCUGUCCAGUUCUGACUCCGUCAGUGAACACAGUGUCUCGUCCCUCCUGACCGCCGCCUCCUACCUCCAGCUGACCGAACUAGCUGCUCUCUGUCGCAGGAAGCUCAAACACAACGGACAGACCCCCUCCAGCUCCGACAAGUUGACCACCUCCACCUCCCCAACCCCCAAUGGACACACCCCUGGCCCCCUCCGCCUCUCCUCCACCCCCCUCAUAGCAACCCCCAACCACCAGCACCAUAACAACCACUCAGGGUCCAGGAAGGGCAACCUGAGGAACCAGAGAUGGGGCCAGGAGGGGAGGCUGAGAGAGGAUCUCUCUGAGGAGGAGGUGUUUAUUUCGGGCUCGCGGUGUGCUUCCCUCAGCCCCUCUGGAGGAAUUAGGGUUAAUGGGCUGGCUCUAGGACUGGACCUGUCCAAGAGGAGUCCAUCAGGAAGCACCGCCACAGAGGAAGUGUCCCCCAGCAGUCUCCCCCAAAGCUCCUCCCCCCACUCCUCAUCUGUUUCUCCCACUCCUCCCACCACGGCAGAGCCUAGGGAGAACCAGAGGCAGCCUCCAAAUACCUCCACAGACCUCUUGCCUAGGGCCCCUUGCAAGAGACCUCGACCCCACAGAGAGGACACCAACCUGGGAGAGACGGGCAAGGCACUGUCCAAGGGCCUAGUGAAGAAACCAGGGGCACCAGGGCACGAGAAGCUGGUCAGAAGGGAUAGAGUGACCUCAGAGCUGGAGGAUGGAGAGGUGAAUGGAGAGGAGAAUGGCCAAGACCAGAGUGAAGAGAGUGGGCACAGUGGGAGUGAGGGAGGAGGAGGGAAGAGAAAUGGGAACACCAACUAUAUCUACCGUCAGCCCCAGCCAGGGUUUGAGCCAGGUGUAGGGGACAAUCUAUACGUCUGCAUCCCCUGUGGGAAAGGCUUCCCCAGCUCCGAGCAGCUUAACGCCCACGUCGACACACACACCCAGGAUGAAAUCUACCUCGAAGAAGAGGAGGAAGAAGAGGAGGGUGGUGGAUAUCAGAAGGACGAAGACCCGGACGCAGACCCGAACGUCUAUGCAUCACGGGGGUUGGAGCCUGGCGCUGACGAACCUCGGCAUUGCUGCACCGUCUGCAGUAAGAGUUGCAAGGACGCGGUGUCGCUACGGGAACACGAGAAGAGCCAUUGGCUGAACCGGCCGUUCCCCUGUAACAUCUGUGGCAAGUUGUUCACCCAGCGAGGCACCAUGACCCGCCACAUGAGGAGCCACCUGGGCCUCAAGCCCUUCGCCUGCGAGGAGUGCGGCAUGCGCUUCACACGCCAGUACCGUCUCGCCGAGCACAUGCGGGUCCACUCGGGGGAGAAGCCCUACGAGUGCCAGCUGUGUGGCGGAAAGUUCACCCAGCAACGCAACCUCCUCAGCCAUCUAAAGAUGCACACCUCGCCCCCAUAGAGGACACUUCACCAUGGUUACUGCAGCUGGACCACAGCUAUCUGGACUCUAUUAGGCUGUCUGCCUCAUCUUCAAAUAACUAUCUGGUGUUGCUGUUACCCAUAGUACCUCCUCACCCUUGUAAACACACCUGGGUUCUACCUCAACUUUAGAAACUCACCUUGAAAUGAAUGACCCCACCUUUAUAACCACUCCUCCUGAGUAACUCUGCUCCUUUAUCUCAACCUCAUAACAACCAUCACCCAUACCUCAACCUUCUUAACAACCAUCACCCAUACCUCAACCUCAUAACAACCAUCACCCAUACCUCGACCUCAUAACAACCAUCACCCAUACCUCGACCUCAUAACAACCAUCACCCAUACCUCAACCUUCUUAACAACCAUCACCCAUACCUCAACCUCAUAACAACCAUCACCCAUACCUCGACCUCAUAACAACCAUCACCCAUACCUCGACCUCAUAACAACCAUCACCCAUAUCUCAACCUCAUAUCAACCAUCACCCAUACCUCAACCUCAUAUCACCCAUACCUCAACCUCAUAUCAACCAUCGCCCUUACCUCAACCUCAUAUCAACCAUCGCCCGUACCUCAACCUCAUAUCAACCAUCGCCCAUAGCCUCACCCAUGACAACUGUUCCUCUGACUUGCCUCAACCCCAUCUUACUAAUACCAACCAUUACGUCACCCUCGGAACCCAAUUUUACUUAUACCAACCAUUACUUCACCCUCAGAACCCCAUCUUACUAAUACCAACCAUUACGUCACCCUCGGAACCCAAUUUUACUUAUACCACGAUUACUUCACCCUCAGAACCCCAUCUUACUAAUACCAACCAUUACGUCACCCUCAGAACCCCAUCUUACUAAUACCAACCAUUACGUCACCCUCGGAACCCCAUCUUACUAAUACCAGCCAUUACUUCACCCUCAGAACCCCAUCUUACUAAUACCAACCAUUACGUCACCCUCGGAACCCCAUCUUACUUAUACCAGCCAUUACUUCACCCUCAGAACCCCAUCUUACUAAUACCAACCAUUACUUCACCCUCAGAACCCCAUCUUACUAAUACCAACCAUUACUUCACCCUCGGAACCCAAUCUUACUAAUACCAACCAUUACGUCACCCUCGGAACCCCAUCUUACUAAUACCAACCAUUACGUCACCCUCGGAACCCCAUCUUACUUAUACCAGCCAUUACGUCACCCUCGGAACCCCAUCUUACUAAUACCAGCCAUUACUUCACCCUCGGAACCCCAUCUUACUAAUACCAGCCAUUACGUCACCCUCGGAACCCCAUCUUACUAAUACCAGCCAUUACUUCACCCUCAGAACCCCAUCUUACUAAUACCAGCCAUUACUUCACCCUCAGAACCCCAUCAUAAAAUCCACAUAGAGCCAGCCAGCCAGCCAGAUGUACUGGCCAUCUCAGGGUCAACACACCACACCUCGCCAUCUGCCAAAGACUCCUUCCUUCCCAUCCCAGGUGGCUCAAAUGUGUUUUGAUGAUAGCUUUUAGCAUCCAACCAAACUAGUCCUCCCAGGGUGUCAGUUCUGUGCCUCCAGGCUGCUGUAGCUGUCUCUCGCUGGUCAAUGUGUGACCUCAAUGCCUCUACUACCUCAUUAUAAGACACAUACUGGACCCCAGGCAUGACUGGCUAACAGUCAGUAGUAAUACUAAGUUCUCCAGCUAGAUGGAACAGGUUAGUCCGCCUAUCCUCUGUGUAUAUAAUAAUACAUUUUCAACUCCACAUAUACAGCCUGUUUGAAACUUGCCGUUAUUAGAAAAUGAUCAGGGGUAUUCUUAAUGCAAUGAUGUUUACUUUACUGUUGGUUUAUAGGUCAGAGUUUGUAUUUUAUGUGAAGUCUUGAAAAAGCCAAACUUGGGGGGUUAAAUGUUUUGAGAACUUAUUGCUACGCUUUUGUGAAUGUUUAAACUGGGUAUUUGUACUUUGGGCCUGGGAGGGGUGGGGAUAUUUUCUUUGAGGCAUCAUACUCUGAUGGUACUGUUGUGUUUUGUCGGUAGUGUUUUUUUCUUUAAAGUGUUGGUCUACUGAGACAGGUGGCCAGUAUCCCUGUAUUAAGUUUGCUUUUGGUUUUCAACAAGUUCCUCCUAUCUCUUAAAGAGAUUCUCCGGUACUUUUGUAUACUUUUUAGCAAGUAGUUCUGAAAGUCAUGCUCACGAGCCAAAAGUGGUCCCUGAAAAAUGCUUACUACGUCACUGUAUGUGCAGAUAUGUUCACCACGCCAUUGCUCUCUUGCUCUGCUGUGUGUGCAUCUUGCUAGCUGUCACUCAAAUGGCGAGGGGCUGAAGCUCAUUGGCUAGAACUCGAAUUGCAAGCGGGCUGGCCCACAUGGGAGAAAAUGUAGGGAAAAUGGAACAGUUUCCAGAAAAACAGUCGCUUUCAAACUAGGGAUUCCGUGGCAAAUUGAGGUAAAAUAGUAAUUCUGCUCAUAGAUUAUGCAUGUAUGAACUACAUAUUGACACAUCCAGCCCAAAGCUGGAGGUUUAAAAAACACUUAGCCAAAGUUCCAGAGCAUGUCUUUAAUGCUGUGAGGAGAGCAUAGCUUUCUGGACAGUGUAUUACUAGUGUAUGACAGAGCUGAAACUGAGACGAGAUUGUAUAUUGAAAUCCAAAGAGAAUGAAUACAAAAACAAACUUAACAACCAAAGUUUUUCAAUGUCAAAGUGAAGUUGAACCCAUGUUAUUAUGUCUACGGUAUAGUCCACUCCUAGUUCCACACAAACAGCCAUGUGGUUGGAAUUAUCAAUGUUGAUUGGACCAACCUCACUUUAUGGUCUUACAUUAUCUUUACUCUGUCCUCAGGAGGACUACAUACAUGUAAUUUCAGACCAAAAAUCUAAGACUGUUGUAUUACUUUGUUUUGGACUAGUAUUUAAAUCCUCUUUCCCCCAUGUUUAUCGCUCAAUUGUUGAAAAAAGUCAUUUUUACACCAGAAACAUGUACAUUACUCCUCAACUCAGGAACCAUUGCUGUCAGGGUCUGGCAUCUAUACAGUCCAUAUCAACACUCUCUCUGGUUGUUUUGGUCGAGGCAUUUAGAAUGUAAUAUGUCGACAACUCAAAUGAAAGAGAGCAGUGAGAAACAUGUUUGAGCUGUGACAGGGAUACUUCUGACUCAUAUCUUCAGGGAGUGUUCGUUGUGUUGUCAAACUGUGCACUGUCAAAUGUCUGUGCUGAAAGCAUAAACACUAGCUUCCUACACAAGAGAUUUUUUACAGGGAGAGGGUGGUGAUUAUCUUUCAAAUAACUGCGCGAUGAAUGAUCGAGGUGUUCAAAUAUCAAUUUGACUAUUUUAGUUCUUGAAUGUUAUAUCAGCAUGCAUUUGGUCAACAAACCCUUUGUCCAGAUAGAUUGUUCUGUUUAUCUGUUGCUGUCCCUCUGUUUAGUAAGUUGUUGCAGAAACUUACAGUGUUGAUGUCUAUUGAUUAUUCAUGGAUGUAUUUAUUAGUUGGAUCCUGUUUUAAACCUCUUUAUGAUAACUCAGUGGAUGAUAGUCAUGGGCUUUGCUACUUUGUUACUGCUCAUCCAGAAAAAAACAUGUUAAAUAACUGCACCAUCAACGUCUCUGCUGCUGAACGCGAGCGGAUUGACUAGCAAGGAAACGAGCGUUGUUGCGCUAGCUUAGUUCAUUCAGUGUGUGUCGCAGCGUGGAUUAAAACAGACAUGGCAAAGCAAGCUGUUCUGCUAAUACUUCAGUUUUUUUGUACUUUUAAAGAUUUAGGACUGUUAAUUCAUCAGUUCUCAAUCUGUCCUAGGCUGCUAAUGAUGUGAUUAAUAGCCUCCUAGUCAGUUCACCAAUGACGACAAGGCAUAUUGAAUGAAUGGUAGACCUAAACUGAGAGGGAAGGUUGAUUAAGUCAAGGAUGGAGAUCUGAAACAAGCUCAUAUAGGGGUGGCAGGUAGCCUAGUGGUUCGAGCGUUGGGCCAGUAACCGAAAGGUUGCUGGGUCGAAUCCCCGAGCUGACAAGGUAAAAAUCAGUCGUUCUGCCCCUGAACAAGACAGUUAACCCACUGUUCAUUGUAAAUAAGAAGUUGUUCUUAACUGACUUGCCUAGUUAAAUAAAAUAAAAAUAUAUAGGCCUUGUUCAGGUGUUCCAUGAUUAUUCCAUUUAGAGUAGACUAGGUCUACUACAUUGCAUCUAGUAAUUUAACUAGGCCUAUUCAGAAUUUGUCGCCCCCCCACACCCCCCCCAAAAAAACUAAGAAGCUAACUUACAUUUUCACUAUACUAUCCAUAUAAAUACAGCUAAUAGAAUAAUCAUUACCCCUAAAUUUAACCUAUUAGAAAUGUUACAAAGUAAUUGAGAACCACUCAAAAUUCAUUCAGGAUCAACUACUGCGUUGGCUACAUUGUAUUGAUAUCAUUUAAUUCAGAAAAUUGCAGUUUUUCAAAAAAGCUAAACGCUCCAACUUUCAGAUGGGGUCACCUCCCCCCCUACCUGACCGUAGGCCUACAUUAACACCUUUUUGUCAGAAAAUCCUAGGGAGAACCCUGAUUUGUAAAUUGAACUUCUUAGCCAAAACCAAGCACCCAUGAGUCUAUAGCCUACCAUUCGUACUGAGGCAGUCUUCUGCCAACGUCAUUAUCAGGCAAAAAAAAAAUGGUACAUUUGUAUAGGAACUGAGCGCGGUGUCGCACACGCGCCGUCGUGGGGUCCAGGGGCGUCGCUGUCUCGCUGAAGUGUAACUCAUAAAGAUUCUUCAAGGUUGGCAGGUCUGGGCUAAGUUAACCCCAAACAACUUGACGACUACGCUGUGAGUGCCAUCGUAUGAUAUCUUUGGUGAAAUGUCCCUUUUAAAACCUGUAUUAGCCAUGAACCACAUCAAGCUCCCAGCCCAAGACACUGGAGACGGGAGGAAUUGAAUGUACUGCUCCUGAGGCGUUUGAUAUGUUUUAUACCACUUUUAUCCCAAAGCAAGAAGAAUACAAAGAUGACAUGUUUUUACUGUGCUGUGUUUUCCUGUGUUUUUUUUUGUGUUUUUUUUUGAGAAUGUAAUCUGUGUUUAUUGUCAUGUCAUCUGUUUUAUAUGCUAGUUUAACCAUUGGAAUGGGACCCCCAACUCGUGGUAGACAUUAUGUAUUGUAUCCUACAGAAAGCAUCGUUUUUUUCCAAAGCAACUUCUGUUGAAGGCUGGUAUUAUUACUAUUACAGAGAUACUUGUUUAAUCUCUCUCAGAAAACCAAAGGUGUCUAUGGCAGCUUUAAUAUGUACGUAGUAGUUACACAUGCCACUACAAAUCCAAACCAAGCCACUAAUGAAUCCACCCAAAAGCAAUGUAAUUCCUAAGACUACUGGGCUAAAACCAUGUCCCAGCUGCAUCUAUGUAUUCAUUUUACUUAUGUCUGUUUUUGUAGAACAAGUUUCUCUGUUCUACAAAAUAUUUGUUCAAUUAUAUUUUCUGUCUUAAUUGAACAUGCUUGCAGACAACUCCAAAGUUCAGAAUCCACUGGUCAACCUACAGUCUUAAUGUACAGAUAUGUGAAUGUAAUCUAAUAACAAUAUUUUAAUUAAACUUGAU